GAGCACCCCGAGGACGGCCGUGCCAGCAUCUACCGCUCGGUCAUCAUCAACACCUCCAAGGAGAUGAUGUGCUUCAGCGACUUCCCCAUCCCCGAGGAUUUCCCCAACUACAUGCACAACUCCAAGAUCAUGGAGUAUUUCCGCAUGUACGCGCAGCACUUCGACCUGCUGCGCCACAUCCGCUUCAGGACCAGCGUGUGCCGCGUGUCCAAGCGCCCCGACUUCGCCAGCAGCGGGCAGUGGGAGGUGCUGACCGAGAGCGAGGGCAAGCAGGAGGCGGCCGUCUUCGACGCCGUGCUGGUGUGCAGCGGGCACCACACCAACGCUCAUCUGCCGCUCGGCUCCUUCCCAGGGCUGGAGAAGUUUGAGGGCUGCUACCUGCACAGCCGGGACUACAAGAACCCUCAGCCUUUUUUUGGAAAACGGGUGGUCGUGGUUGGCAUUGGGAAUUCAGGCAUCGAUAUCGCAGUGGAGCUGAGCCACACAGCCAAGCAGGUUUUCCUCAGCACCAGGCGUGGGUCCUGGGUGCUGCACCGGGUGGCAGACAAUGGGUACCCCUUUGAUUACAACUACGGCACUCGCUUCGUGCACCUCGUCCAGAACGUGGUGCCUAACAGUGUCCUGAAUUUCUUCAUGGAGUGGAAGCUGAAUGCCCGCUUUGACCACACGCUCUACGGCCUAAAGCCCAAGCAUGGGGUCCUUGACACACACCCCACUGUCAACGACGACCUGCCCAACCGCAUCAUUUCGGGCAGGGUGCGGAUGAAGCCGAACGUCCAGGAGUUCACAGAGACAUCUGCCAUCUUUGAGGAUGGCACCAGGGAAGAUGUCGAUGUCAUAGUUUUUGCCACAGGAUACAGCUUCUCCUUCCCAUUCCUCGACGGCUGCGUGAAGGUGGUGGAGAACGAGAUUCCCCUCUACAAAUUCGUGUUCCCCACUGAGCUGGAGAAGCCAACGCUGGCUUUCAUUGGUCUCAUCCAGCCCUGGGGAGCCAUCAUGCCCAUCUCAGAGCUCCAGAGUCGCUGGGCCAUCCGUGUCUUCAAACGGCUGAACGAGCUGCCCCUGCAGCACGACAUGGAGGCUGACAUUGAGCAGAAGAAAAAAGCCAUGGCAAAGAGGUACGUGAAGAGCCAGCGGCACACCGUCCAGGUGGAUUACAUCCCUUACAUGGACGAGCUCGCCUGCCAGCUGGGGGUCAAGCCCAACCUGCUCUCCCUGUUCCUCACGGACCCCAGGCUGGCCAUGGAGAUGGCCUUCGGUCCGUGCACGCCGUACCAGUACCGGCUGCGGGGCCCGGGUGCGUGGGCAGGAGCCAGGGAAGCCAUCCUCACCCAGCAUCAGCGCAUGGUCAGCGCCCUGCAGCCGCGGGCCGCCCGCCGCCCCGCCCGGCCCAGCGCCCUGCCCCACGUCCUCACGGUGCUCUUCAGCAUCGGCAUGAUUAUGGCCACCCUCAUCUACGUCUCGCUCUCUGCUUAG